AUGCAGCGAACAUUGGAACCCGUCACCCUGAUGCUAACAGGCCAAUCCAUCGUUGCUGAGGCAAACCCCUCGGUGCCUCUUUACGAUCUGGGCCGAGGCGUUACUGCACUGUCCCCCAAACCGUCAUCCGCAAAAUUCGAGCGCAUCGAGUAUGAGGAUGACGAUUUGCUGAAAGAAGGAAGCAUAGCUUCUCUCGACCAGCGAAGCCACCACCUCUUCUACCUUGCACUCACUAGGUGCCCAGUACCGCACUGGUGUGCCUGCAUACUACAUCACAACAGUGUCACCCGAGAUGCCUGGAAACAUAUUAAUCUAACUUCUGUCUGCUCCCUCAAGUCGCUGCUACCAAAGGCAGAGUUCAAGGCUGUCCUUAAUCCUGGUAAAUCGACGGCGGAUAGCGACCUGUUCGGCCCAGCAAAUCAACAGAUUCUAUUCCACACUAAGCCAAAGUGGAAAGGCGGGCAGUAUCAAUGGAUUGAUGCCCAAGGACAAAAGGUAGCAUAUGAGAGCAGCAAGAAUAAUGAGCACAAGCUAGUCAUCUUGGAGCCACUAGACCGGACAACUCGGGACGCCCUGGCUGCUCUGUGGGCAUUGGGGUUGUGGGUGUUGCUGAGAGCAGGACUGCCAAGCGAGAAGCGAGAUGGAGACACAGCAGCUGUUGGAGACGAAAAGUUGGCCACAGAGUAUGCAGGUAGUCAAGAUCGGGGCUCCAUGAGCCAGAAAAGGACAAGAAUAAGCACUGCAAAUCUUCUGGGAAGGUUUGGGGGUGCAAACAAUAUUAGAGAAGUCGGGUUUAUAAUUUACCAGUCCGUCAGCCAAGUAGCACCGGCUCAGCAGCAAAGAUACUGUCCUAUCCUCCUUGAACCGUGGUAUCUAUAUUUCGACAUCUACCCACCUCACCUGUAA